AUGUUCAAUCGGAUAGAUGCGAGCAAAUCAACGAAAGGUGCCAGCAAACUUCGAAGGGACCUGAUAAAUGCCGAAAUUGCCAACUUACGUGAUUUACUGCCAUUACCGCCCUCAACCCGUCAGAGACUUUCCCAACUACAGCUUAUGGCCUUGGUCUGCGUAUUUCUUCGAAAAGCCAAUUACUUUCAACAAGCCUUGAAAAACUGUCCGUCCGACUCUUCGAAUAUCCCGACCCCUAACAUUGGAUUUUCAAAAGCCAUGUCCGGAUUUAUAAUGAUGAUGACCCAGCAAGGAAAACUGUUGUAUAUAUCGGAAAAUGCGGCGGAAUAUCUUGGACACUCUAUGGAGGAUUUGCUUAUCCACGGAGAUAGUGUUUACGACGUAAUAGACAAACAAGAUCACAUGGUUGUACAAAAUCAAUUAUCUAGAAAUAGUCCUAUUCCAAGCGAUAGAAGAUUGUUUCUUUGCCGGAUCAACGUAUCCAGAAAUUCACGGAGGCAACUUCGUUUUGGUGAUCAAAAGGUGGUUUUAGUUGAAGGCCAUUUUUUACCUUUCGUUCCGGUUUGUAAUCGAAAUGAGUUUGUUUUCCUUGCUUCAUGUACACCCGUUGUUUUGCCAGAAACGAGAGAAAGUAUUGUGCAGGGCGCAACAAAUAUUUUCACCACCAUUCAUUCUAUGGAUAUGAAAUAUCUUCAUAUCGAUAAAACGGCUGAAAGUCAUUUGGAAUAUACCCGUAAUGAAUUAGUAAAUAUGUCAUGGUAUAAUUUGUUACAUUGGGAUUCGAUACGAACAGCAUAUUGCAAACAUCAAACUGUUAUUCAAUCUGAUCAAGAACGGUCUGCAACUGCAUUGUUGAGACUGCAAAAUCGUUCCGGACGAUGGUUCUGGGUACACUGUGUUUUACAAGUCAAAGAUACUUCCGAAGAAUGUCAACAUCCUAUCAUUGUGUGUACGAAUCAAGUUUUGAGUGAUAGAGAAGCGGAAGUAAUGCGUUCAAGUUCCUGGCUGUACCAGUAUUCAUCUCAAACUAAAUUUACUUACACCAUCUGCUCCGGGAAUCAAAACCGCGGUGUGCCAUAUGCUACUGGGAGCCAAAGUAAUCAGCAACAAGAUUACACUCGUUCCUUAUCCCACGCACAUAAUAAUGACACGCAACACUCUCCUGAUAUACGAAAUUCUGAACAAGACUUGCACAAUUCAUCGAAACCACAAUUAAAGGAUUAUGCAACAAGAAAUCCACGAGAAGAUGCAGAACCAGUUGAUAUGUCGAUUAGCAGUAGCGAACAUGAGAAUAGAAAUGUACAUGUGAAUGUACAACAUAGCCAUUAUGCACUUGGUCAAUUUACAGAUAGAUACAAAACCCAUCAUAAAAAUUCAUUAAAUUUGAGCGGUUAUCGUGCAAAAUUUAUUCAAUGUCACAGUCAAUAUAAUAUGGAUACAUUAUCGCCUAAGUAUUAUAUCACAGACUUAGAUAAAGAAUAUUGUUGUAACGAUAGAAAUAACAGUCAUAAAAGACUUUCGGGUAAGACAUUAUCAACGUCCACAGCGACAGGAUCGACAACUGAUCCUUCUGAGUUAUCUAUGGAACAUUGGAACUCAAGUCCAGUUUGGUCAGAUACUCUGCAAAGGGUACCAGAUGUUGUUCAUCAAGAACUUAGUCCAUAUGUAGCUACACCAACUACACCGGUUGACACUCCGGAUUCUGAACUACAUGCAGAAACGCCAAUUUUUAAUUUUGAUUGGGCGACAGAACAACAUGUACCCAAUUUGAAGAUCACAUUUCGUAGUUCGAAUCAGGGGCUUAGGAAAGUUCAAGAUGUUCAACCAAUCACGUUACAGUUACCACGGAAAAAGAGCCAGUCAAUGAAUGAUUCUAAAGACUUUCCUAAAUAAGACUGUGCACUUAUUUAAUUGGUGCUCUACAGUUAGAUAGACAAAUAUUUUUUUCUCUUUAAGUAGGUAUAUCUUUGUAAGUUUGAGAGUUCGAGUCUGUAAGUAGAAUGAAAGUUUGUAUAAAGCAGUUGAAGAAUAAAUUAAAAGAAGUUAUGAAGAAUUUAAAAAAAAAAA